AUGACUGGACUUAACGCGUCUCUCGGAUACUUCCUGGCUGUUGUGGUUUUUGCAGCCUCAGUUCAAGCGCUGCUCAGAAAAUGGCCACGAUUCAGCUUCAUUGUGGAGUUUGCCUCGUCCUUCAUGCUGGUGGCAUGCUGGCUGGAGGUGCAGACCAUAGUGGAGGUGGGCGAGUGGGCCGGGGGUCUGGGUCCUGAUGUGACUGUGACCAUGUUGUUUGUGCUGCUGCUGACUCAUGGUGUUAUCUGUGGGGGAGCGUCAGGGAAUCCCAGCCUGGUUGUGCAAAAGUUCUUGCAGCUCGAAGCCUCCAUCCUGCCCACUGUGCUCGCCGUUACGUCCCAGUUUGCCGGAGCUCACCUGGCCCUUCUUGCAGCUGGAUACUACUGGAACCUGGAGCUGACGGACAUGCACAUGAUCAAAAACCUGAUGUCUGCUUCUUGCAGCACGUCACUGCUGAUCCCUGUGGUUCAGGGCUUUGUGACCGAGUGUGCCUGUGCACUCGUCUUUCAUCUUAUUCAUUUAAAUCUUCGGCACAGAUCUGCUCUGAUCCGGGUGCCUCUGACUGCGCUCCUCCUCACAUUCUUGUCCCACACUGCCAGAAGAUACACCUCAGCGUUCAUCAAUCCAUCUCUGGCGUAUGGACUCACCUUCCACUGUCCUGGAUUUACCCUCACAGAGUAUGCAGUGGUGUACUGGCUGAGCUCUUUAACAGGAAUGACUUUGGCUGUUCUCCUGUACAUGGGCCAUAUUCCGAGGUUUUUUGCCAAAAACCUUCUAUACUUUCAGAAGACACGCUUCAGAGUGCCAAAAGGAGAGAAAGCAGAAAAGAAGAAAAUGUGAAAUUCAUGUUAAAAGAAUGUAUUUA